AACGCGAGAUAAGAGGUAGAAUAGUAAUUUCUCACAGAAAGUGCAAACCGAUCACCCUUCUCAUUCCUUCGUCGUUCUUCCUUCUUCGUUCCCUGUCUGCUCAACGGAUCACCCUGUACUCAGUGACACGGCACAAGAACCUCGAUUUCUCAGGUUUACUGUGUGUUAAGCAACUAGACUACAGUUCUUGUGGAUAUUAAUUCAUUGGAAGCCACACCUAAGAUAUGAGUCAGAAAGGCUUAACAUACAUUUUUGCUGCAAAAGGAGUGCCAUUGCAAUUCAGUGCUUACAGAAGCUACCUUCAAAUAGCAACAUGUAUACCUACUUGUGCAAUGGUUAUACGUUCAACCCCCUCCUUGACAGUGGGUUUGAAUAUAGGGAAAAAUUCAAUGGCCAGUGGAGGAGAUAAAGAGCUGACUGGACAGUGUAGUGUGCAUUACAUCCUCAUGACUCAUACCAACUAAGAGGAGAUGACUAUAUUUACUAAGUCGCCUUUUGCCAUUGUAAUUUUAACAAGUUAAGGACAAUAGCCACAAUGGAGACAGCAGUAACAAUUGGUACUGCUGUUCACUUUCUUUUUGACUGAGUGGUGACUAUAUGGAUAGCAUGGCCUGGGGGACUCUUGCCAGUGCUGCUGUACACUAUUGCAUGGUUGUCAUUGCAGUCUCUGUUAGCAUCCCCAUUGGGAGCUGGAGAGGACAGGAGAGGUGAGGGAGGCAUGUAAAGAUGGGGUUUUUGGUAUAUAAGUUUCACCCUUUUUCCUUUAAUUCUUUGCAAUUAAAAACGUCAAAUGUGCUUAAGUUUCCACAUGUCCAGUCAACCAUGGGAAUAUUCUACAGAUAUCACUUUUUGAUGUGUGCAGCGUUCUGUACAGCAAUGCAGGCACAGAAGACCUGGACUCCUAGCAACCCAAGACAAUCAAAUCUUCUUGUCUGGAGAUCUGCAAUAACCAACUCCGCAAAGUUUGAUGAGAAAAAUGGUAAUAUAGAUGAUACAUUUUACAAAAUUUGGGAACAGGAUUCUAGAACAUUGGAUGCCAUGGUUAGGAGUUACUGCAUUAAUGGGAGGCAUGAAGAUGCACUAUCACUUUUCUAUAGAAGUGUAUAUUGCUCGAGGAGAUUCAGACUUAGCCACCAAGCUUUUGCAUCCCUUCUCAAAUCUUGUGCUGCCAUCUCAGCUUUUGAAUUGGGAAAGUCUUUUCAUGGGUAUGGUAUUAAAUUGGGGUAUGAACUGAACCAGGCUAUUUCCAAGGGUCUAAUGAACAUGUAUGCGAAAUGUGGCACUCUAGAUGAUUGCCACCUAUUGUUUGAUCAAAUGGAUAGGAGUGAUCCUGUCACCUGGAACAUCCUUUUAUCUGGAUAUGCUGGAUCCCGGCAUCAUGACCUAGAGGCUAUGGAUCUGUUCUAUGCAAUGCAUGUUUGUGAGGAAGAACCUAAGCCCAAUACGGUUACUAUUGCUAUUAUCCUUCCCGUAUGUGCUCGAUCUAGAGACUUGCUUCUUGGAAAGAGUAUCCAUGGUUAUGUGAUUAAAUCUGGAUUUGAAUUGUCUACACUAGUAGGAAAUUCUCUCGUAUCAAUGUAUGCAAAAUGUUGGUCACUACAUGAUGCAUAUGUCACAUUUAGAAGGAUUGCUUAUAAAGAUGUUGUCUCAUGGAAUGCAAUUAUUGCAGGAUAUGCUGAGAAUAAUCUCCACCAUGAUUCAUUUGAAUUAUUCCGCCAGAUGUUGGCUGGUCCAAAUGAACCUAAUUAUGCGACGAUUGUAAAUGUCCUGCCUGUAUGUGCUCUUCUUGGGCAUAAUGAUGCAUACCUUUUUGGGAAGGAAAUCCAUUGUUAUGUGUUCCGACGGUCUGAGCUGCUGGUAGAUGUUUCUGUCUGCAAUGCACUUUUGAGUUUCUACUCAAGGAUUGGGAGGUUGAAAGAAGCAGAUUCAAUAUUCCAUAGGAUGAAAUCAAGAGAUUUAGUCUCGUGGAAUGCUCUUAUUGCGGGAUAUGCCUCUAAUGGUGGAUUGCAGAAAGCGUUGGAAUUGUUUCAUGAAUUGCAAUUAAGAGAAGCAGUUGAACCUGACUCUAUCACUCUUAUAAGCAUUAUUCCUGUCUGUGCCCAACUACGUGAUUUACAAGAGGGACAGAAAAUCCACGAGUAUGUUCUCCGACAUCCUGAUCUGUGCAAGGAUACAGCUGUAGGAAAUGCCCUAGUAAGUUUCUAUGCAAAAUGCAAUGACAUAGCAGCUGCAGUAAGGAYGUUCUUGACAAUCCCUAGGAGAGAUCUUAUAUCAUGGAACACAAUGCUUGAUGCCUAUGCUGAGUGUGGAUAUGCAAUCCAGCAUGUCAAUCUCUUACACCAGAUGUUCAAGGAAGGAAUAAAACCAGAUUCUAUUACUAUCUUAGCCAUUCUUCGUGUUUUUGCCAAUGUUUUCUGUGAGGAAAAGGUUAAAGAAGUUCAUGGUUAUACAGUUAGAGCUGCUCUUUUAUUAAAUGAUCUAGAACUGACUGUUGGAAACAUGAUAAUUGAUGCAUAUGCCAAAUGUGGAAAUAUGGAGUAUGCAUUGAAGAUUUUUGAGAGUUUAUUAGGAAAAAGGAAUGUGGUAACAGGCAAUGUCAUAAUUUCAGGUUAUGCAAAUUGUCAGUCCAAGGAGAAUGCAGAGAUAAUAUUUAAGAAGAUGUCCGAAAGGGAUCUCACCACCUGGAAUCUGAUGCUACGAGUUUAUGCUGAAAAUGGCUGCCCAGAUCAAGCUUUUAUUUUGCUCAAAGAAUUACAAGCUCAAGGAAUGAGACCUGAUGUUGUUAGUGUUAUGAACCUUCUUCCAGCUUGUGCUCAUUUGGCCUCAGUUGACCUUGUGAGACAAUGCCAUGGGUAUAUGCUAAGAGCAUGUCUGGAAGAUGUUCGCUUGAAUGGAGCUCUCUUGGAUGUCUAUGCUAAAUGUGGAAGCAUAAACUGUGCUUACAAGCUCUUUAAAUCGUGCCAUCAAAAGGAUUUAGUCAUGUUCACAGCUAUUAUUGGUGGGUAUGCAAUGCAUGGCAUGGGAGAAGAGGCACUUGGCAUCUUUUCUCAGAUGCUYCAGUUGGGUAUUAAACUAGACCAUGUUAUUCUCACUGCUGUCUUAUCAGCUUGCAGUCAUGCAGGGCUUGUGGAUGAAGGAUUGAAACUUUUUGAGACUAUAGACAAAGUCCAUGGGAUCAAACCCACUAUGGAGCACUAUGCAUGUGUUGUGGAUCUUCUUGCUCGGGCAGGACGUUUAAUAGAUGCUUAUUCCUUUGUGAAUAGGAUACCAGUAGAAGCUAAUGCAAACAUAUGGGGGACACUGCUAGGUGCCUGUAGAAUCCACCAUGAGGUGGAGCUCGGGCGGGUUGUGGCAGAUCGUCUUUUUGAUAUUGAGGCUGGAAAUAUUGGGAACUAUGUUCUGAUGUCAAACAUAUAUGCAGCAGAUGCCAGAUGGGAUGGAGUCAAAGAAGUAAGAACAUUGAUGAAAAACAGAGAUCUAAAGAAGCCUGCUGGGUGCAGUUGGAUUGAAGUGGGGAGCAGGAGAAACAUUUUUGUAGCUGGAGACUUCUCUCAUCCUCAAAGAGUGGUCAUUUUCAAUACUUUAAGCACCUUGAAUCAACAAAUCAGAGAGACAUUUUGAGGGGUUAACAUCAACGUCCAUGUUUAUAGAAGCAAAAGUGAAUAUAAGACACAUCUGGGAGGGAAGGGUUUCUCUUUUGUCCAGAAACGAGCUUCAAGUUCAACAACUCUAGCAUUUGAUCUUUGUCUGUGCCCUAGUGGAUUGUGUGUUGGUGACACUUAACCAGAAGUUCUCAAGGAUUAGGCUUGAUCAAUGAAGGCAAGGCUUUUAAUAGUAUGCUCGUGUCAACUAUCAUAGUUCUAUCACCUCUAUGGUGGAUUGACUUCGGCUGCUAUCAGGGAGAAAAGGAAUUGGUCUGUUGCAACAUGUCAUUUUGUUAGACCUACUAAGAAUUUCAAGUAAAUAAAAUAAACACAUGUAAGAGAGACAAACUUUAGUGGAAUUAUGAGAACAUGUUUUAGCAAUGCUUUUUUGAAGAUAAUAACCUUGGUUUUUGUUAAA